CGUGGCGUCUUAAACUCUCCAUUCACUUCACAGGUAAUGCCUUGGCACUGGUAGGCAGGUGCAUAUCUUUCUUUGUUCCAGCAGAGACACGCAAAUACAUGGCUUGUGAAGAAACUACUACCUGAGCACUGCUACUGGAAUUCAACGAAUAAGUAACAUAUAGCCUAUAUACAUCGUAUAUUAUUACAAUAUAUAUGUUUAUACUAUAGUGAAUGAAUGUUGAUUUCACUUUGCUUUGGAGAUGGCCACCGGAAUAUGUGAAAAGUGUGCACAACUGCUAAAGGACUUCGUUGCUUAUGUAAAGAGAUUGCGGUCUGAACUUGUACAGAAGAUAACGGAGUGUAUAAAGAACCUGUCAAGAUGUAGCUGUCUGCGGAGGAAGAGAGCAACUGUUGCAUCCUAUAUCUCAGAGCAGCACGAGAGACAGGCUGCUCGGACACUACUGAACCACCUGGACACAGUGGAUUAUCCUCUACCCGUUGCUCUCCUGGAGCCAUACACAGCCCUACUGCUCUCUAAUGACAUAGAGGUUCAGAGGAUCACCACUCUGUCUCUGGUUCAUCUGCUAGUGAACAACAAAGUGAGUAAGGAGCAGGUGAUUGAGACAGGGAUGCUGAUGCCCCUGCUAGAGAUGCUCCAGUCUGGGGACCCCACUGUCCAGUGUAACUCCUGCCAAUGUAUUGCCUCACUGGCCUCCUCAGACUCAAACCGGGAAGCUAUUGUGUCAGCUGAAGGGGUGAUUCCACUACUGGUUUUAGCCAAGUCUUACGAUCCCCAAGUCCAACAGAAUGCAGUCUGGGCCCUUUUAAACCUCACACAGUCUGAGAGGACAAUGGGAGUGUUAUGUCAAGAAGGAGCCAUUCCUGUACUGGCACUUCUGUUGCAGUCCUCCAACUAUGAGGUCCAGUUCUACAGCUGCUCUGCCCUGAGCAAUAUAGCCACUGUCCCGGGCCAUCAUCCCAAAAUGUUGGGCAUUGGAGACCGUUUUCUGUUGAAGUCUCUGCUGACACUCAUGUCCUCAUCAGUGCAGAAGAAUGCAUCCCAAGCUUGCAGAUGCCUCCAAAUCCUUUCAGGGAAUGUUGUGACCCAGGAGCAGCUGAUGUACCUGAACUGUGUGUUGCCUCUGAAGGCCCUGCUGUGCUCCGCUACUCCCCCUCUGACUGAGUCUGCUAUAGCACUACUGUCUGAGCUAGCCACACACCAACCCAAUAGAGAGGGCCUGGUGAAUGAGGGCCUGGUACAGGUGAUAGGGCAGCUGCUCCUCUGUCACAGAUCCAGCUCCAUCAUCAACCACAGUGUUGUUACCAUCACCAACCUCAGCAGCACCAGCGAGGGACCGCAGGCUGUUAUGGACAGUGUGUGUGUAACAGGACUUCUCAAGGCCCUUGUGUCCAGUGUGACCUCAGAGGAGACCGUUCUGUGUGUCACUUCCUGUUUACAUCACCUGACAAGCUGGGACUUACUUCAGUCUCAUUUGGCCACAAAAAUGACUCCUGAACAUGUUUCAAGUCUGGUGAAGUUCUCUGCACAAAUGGACAAUCUAGAGCUGUCCUAUAGGUCUGCUUCCAUCAUCAGCAAACUAAAGAUGAACGAACAUGUCAUCCAACUACUGACGCCACACUACGCUGCCAUCUCUGAAUAUCUCCUGAUGUACCUCAAGAACCAGGAAGUGCGAUUCCAACAGCUGAGUAUUGUUACUCUAUGCAACCUGAAGAAAGACGGAGAGUUUUCAGUGCUGAUGAGUGAUAGUGUGCUGGAGAAGCAGCUAAAAUGGGUGCAUGCACAGACGGAGCAGACCAGGCAGUUACUGCAGGCGAUUCAGAUGCCUCCAUCCUCCUGACCUGUCCACUGGAGCUCUCUCUGCUUCAGGACAUGGACUGACACCUCUCUGCUUCAGGACACGGACCGACACCUCUCUGCUUCAGGACACGGACCGACACCUCUCUGCUUCAGGACAUGGACUGACACCUCUCUGCUUCAGGACACAGACCGACACCUCUCUGCUUCAGGACACGGAUUGACACCUCUCUGCUUCAGGACACAGACCGACACCUCUCUGCUUUAGGACACGGACUGACACCUCUCUGCUUCAGGACACGGACUGACACCUCUCUGCUUCAGGACACGGACUGACACCUCUCUGCUUCAGGACACGGACCGACACCUCUUUGCUUCAGGACACGGACUGACACCUCUCUGCUUCAGGACACGGACUGACCUCUCUGCUUCAGGACACGGAUUGACACCUCUCUGCUUCAGGACACGGACUGACACCUCUCUGCUUCAGGACACGGACUGACACCUCUCUACUUCAGGACACGGACCGACACCUCUCUGCUUCAGGACACGGACCGACACCUCUCUGCUUCAGGACACGGACCGACACCUCUCUGCUUCAGGACACGGACCGACACCUCUCUGCUUCAGGCCACGGACCGACACCUCUCUGCUUCAGGACACGGACAGACACCUCUCUGCUUCAGGACACGGACCGACACCUCUCUGCUUCAGGACACGGACCGACACCUCUCUGCUUCAGGACACGGACCGACACCUCUCUGCUUCAGGACACGGACCGACACCUCUCUGCUUCAGGACACGGACCGACACCUCUCUGCUUCAGGACACGGACCGACACCUCUCUGCUUCAGGACACGGACCGACACCUCUCUGCUUCAGGACACGGACUGAGAUGUGGGAUAUGCAUAUCACUGUUUGAACUGACUUACCAUUACCUUUGAACUUGACAAUGAUUACUGUGUCGUGAUUCUAUUUUGAAUGAUGUUAAGGCGUUUUAUUUUCUGAGUGAUCACACUGUUGUGUUCUAAGCAUUUACAUCCAUAUUGCACUUGUGAACAGGGGGAAAAGAGGUCUAUUAUAUUUUCAUUUUUAUACAGAUUCAAUGCUUUUACAGUUGACAAAUGUUUAAUGCUGCGUUCAGGUGCUAGUCGGAACUAGGAAACUUUACAUUUCAGACUUCCUAACUGGUGGUAGUUAUACACGUGCCGCUUUCAACCAGUUAGCAAGUGGAACAUUUCAGAGUUUCCUAGCACGUGAACGCGCCAUUUAUACAGCAAGUAUUCAGACCCAUUGACUUUUUUUCCCAUUUUGUCACGUUACAGCAUUAUGUUAAAAUGGAUUAAAAAUAUAUAUAUUAUCCUCAUCAAUCUACACACAAUAGCCCAUAAUGACAAAGC